UAGGAGUUUAGAUAACCGCGCGAGCAAGCGAUUAGCUUAGUCGAACGAGUCUAAACGUGUCGUUUUAUUGCGCAUUGUUUGCUCAAAUUAAAGAACGUUUUACGAGCAUUCAGCAUUAAAAAAUUGUGAAUACUCUUGCUUUAUUAUUAUUAUAAUAUUGUAUUUAAUUGAAUUUGAACAAAAUUUUUACAAAGAAAUUUUCGUAAACGAUAAAAUUUAAUAUUAUGGCUACGAAAAGUGAUGAGUUAAAACUGGAUAUUGAAGAAUUGAAUACAUUAUUACAACAAGCUACACGAUCCAAAGUUAAAGAUAUGCUUACUUUGGAGAUUAGGCGAUUGCAGACAGAAUUAGCUAAACUGAUCGAUGAAAAUAAGGAUGUGUAUCUUAAAUCUGUAAAUUCGCCAAUUGAUUCUACUCCUAAAUGUUAUGAAGUUAAGUUAAAUAAUUAUGGGUGGGAUCAAACGAAUAGUGUUGUCAAGAUAUACGUUCAAUUAAAGAAUGUACAUAUUUUACCAAACAAAGAUGUUACCUGUAAAUAUACAGAAAAAUCAAUGGACCUGUAUAUUUUUGGUUUGGAUAAUAAAAAUUAUCACUUGCCGAUCAAUAAUUUAUGUGAAGACAUUGACACAGAGAAGAGUUACGUAAAAAUAAAGACAGAUAUGAUCAUUGUAUAUCUUGCUAAAAAAUUACCGAAGAAUUGGUCGCAUGUAACAGGCAUUGAAAAAAGAAUAAAAGAAGCAAAAACUCCAUCUGUUCCUGAAAUGGGAGAUGAUCCUGGUGCAAGUUUAGUGAAUCUAAUGAAAAAAAUGUAUCAAGAUGGAGAUGAUGAAAUAAAGAAAACAAUAGCAAAAGCAUGGACUGAAAACCAACAAAAAACUGCAGCAGGUCUGUCAGGUUUUGACUAUUAAUUGUAAGCCAAUAUUUUAUUAAACGUACUUUACGUUUCCUUGUAACAUCAUAAAAAUUCAUUUAGAAAAUGAAUUUA